CACUGCCCAGAAAACGAACUAGAUGUGUUGCCCUGGACGUGUGCGGGUCUCGAGGCCAGAGAGGUGGGGGUCUCCCAAACCCUGGAGAGCAAGCUCCACACUUUGCACUCUGGCGCCUUCUAGAGGCCGUGCACAGUAGUCUGACUCCGGACGCCUCAGCUAUAGGAACUGAGUAGGGAACUGAGACCAUGAGGUCAGUGCGGACCUUAGCCUCCCAAGGACGCUCGCUCCCCGUCCUAGUUCUGGCGGUGCUCCUUAUUGCCUCUCUGGGGGAGAACUUAAUUUUUCACCCUGAAUGGGAGUUUGACUCCUUUGACUCCUACGAAGUCACUAUUCCCAGGAGACUGAGCUUCCGUGUGGAGGAGCAGGGUGUGGCUAGUCCCGUGUCCUACCUCUUGCAGUUAAAAGGCAAGAAGUACAUCCUACGCCUGUGGCCCAAGAGGUUGCUGUUGCCCCGACACCUGCGCGUUUUCUCCUUCACGAAGGAGGGGGAACUGCUGGAGGACCAUCCUUACAUACCCAAGGACUGCAACUACAUGGGCUCGGUGGAAGGGUCUCAGGACUCCGAAGCCACUCUCAGUAUGUGCAUGGGGGGUCUCCGAGGCAUAUUGAACAUCGAUGCUAAAUAUUACCAAAUUGAGCCCCUCAAGGCUUCUUCCAGUUUUGAACAUGUGGUCUAUCUACUGAAGAAAGAGUCAUUCAGCAAUCAGACCUGUGGCUUACCUGAUGGUGAAAUAGAACCUCAGAUGGCCCAGGAGGAGAAUAUGGCUAGAAUAAGAGACUUCCCCGGGACCUAUAUGCACCCAAGGUAUUUGGAACUGGUUCUUGUCUUUGAUGAGACCAGAUUUCGGUUUGUGAGGGGUAAUCUUUCUCAAAUCAUAAAUGAUGCCAUUCUGUUGACUGCGAUUAUGGACAGCUACUUUCAAGAUGUUAGUAUGAGGAUACAUCUAAAAGGUCUUGAGAUAUGGACAGAUUAUGACAAAAUAAAUGUUGAACAUGAUAUUUUAUCUGCUGUUUUAGGUGGCUUUGUAAUAUAUAGGAAAAAUACACUAAAUAGACGAAUUUUAGGAGAUUGGGCACAUUUAUAUCUUCACAGACGCUAUUCCGAUGCCCUUGCAUGGUCCUUUGGAAAAGUGUGUUCUGUAGAUUUCUCUGGAUCAGUAAGCUCUAUUUUAGAUUUAAAUGUCCUUGGACCUGCCACUUGGACUACUCACGAACUGGGCCAUGCUGUGGGAAUGAACCAUGAUGAAGAAUACUGCCAGUGUAGGGGUAGACGCAGCUGCCUCAUGGGCACAGGACGUACUGGGUUCAGUAAUUGUAGUUAUAUCAGUUUUUAUAGACAAAUCCAUGCAGGAGUAAAAUGUCUAAAUGAUAUCCCAGAGCAACAUUAUGUGGUUAGGAGAUGUGGAAACAAAAUUGUGGAAAACAAUGAGGAAUGUGAUUGUGGUUCCAGAGAGGACUGUCUGAAAGACCGCUGUUGCCAAUCAAACUGUACGUUGAAACGUGGCGCCAACUGCAGCAUUGGACUUUGCUGUCAUGAGUGUCGCUUUCGUCCGUCUGGAUAUGUGUGCAGGCAGGAAGAAAACGAAUGUGACCUUGCAGAGUACUGCAAUGGGAAUUCAAGCAACUGCCCAAAGGACGCUUAUAAGCAGGAUGGAACCCCUUGCAAGUACGAAGCCCGUUGUUUCAGAAAAGGGUGCAGAUCCAGACUAAUGCAGUGCCAGAGCAUUUUUGGACCUGAUGCCAGGGAGGCUCCUAAUCAGUGCUAUCAUGCAGUUAAUUUAAUAGGUGAUCAAUUUGGUAACUGUGAUAUAAUGGGGGUUCGUACCUAUAGAAGGUGUAGAAGCGAUAAUUCCAUAUGUGGCAGGCUGCAGUGCAUAAAUGUCAAAACCAUCCCUGAUUUGCCAGAGCAUACUCUUUUGAUUUCCACUCAUCUGCAGGCAGAAAAUCUCAUGUGCUGGGGCACAGGCUACCAUCUACCCAUGGUACCCCUGGGGAUCCCUGACAUAGGUGUGGUAAAUGACGGCACCUCCUGUGGUGAGAACCGGGUAUGUUUGAACAAAAGUUGUGUCAGUGUCUCAGUCCUGAAGUUUGACUGUUUGCCCGAGAAGUGCAAUGGCAGAGGCGUUUGCAACAAUAGAAAAAACUGCCACUGCAUGUAUGGCUGGGCCCCUCCAUUCUGUGAAGAGGUGGGGUAUGGAGGAAGCGUUGACAGUGGGCCUCCGGGGCUGCUAAAAGUGCAGGUGCCUUCCUCGGUUCAGAUUGUGUCUAUUGUGUUAUUGCGUCUUCUUUUACUAAUCAUCUCAGUGAUUGUUGUGUUUUUCAAGGAGGUGAUAGUAAAGUGUUUAGCAGGCAAACAGAAAAAAAAAACCAACAAGGAGAUACACAGUCGAAAACCAACACUGAAUAUACACAGUCGAAAGCAAAGAAUGUCAGUCAAAAAAGCAAACAGGAGGUCCACAGUCACUCGGUAACACAGGUCCAUUUAUUUAAUAAGUUUAUCAUUUAUCUGAACGGCUCUUCAUUGUUCUCCCACUACUUAUUUCUUAAAAUUUCCCACAAGUUUUGAUCAGCAAAUAAAUAAUAUCCAUGGUUU